AUGGAUCCCGGCAGCGCCUCCGAGUCUGCCCCCGCGUACGACCAGAUUUUCGCCUCACACCCCGUGAAUCAGGCCCCCCCUCAAAGAGGCUUUACAAAGGCAUACGCCCCUGUUGCCCAAGAAGAUGACUCCGAAAUACCACAACAGCAACAACCACAUCUCCACUAUCACAAUGGAGUUGAUCCCGAGGCUGGCGACGCCGAAGGCGAGAUCCUGCUUGGCGGCGCCACACCACAUACGCAUUGCGAGGCCUGCGAUAGGAUCGCUGCGAGGCGCGAGAGGUCAGACAGAGAGAAACACUGUUGCAGCAUGGUUGCCGCUGUCUUCAUCAUGGCCUUCGUAUGUCUGAUGGUGGUCGGCAUCAUUGUUGGAUCAAGGGUUGGAUCAAGGCGGUCAUAG